AUGGAGCAGCAGUCUAACCGGGCCCAUCGCCCGGCAAAGGAGAAGAAGAAAUAUGAAGGCCAAAACCCAAGGGCUUUUGCUUAUGCGAACCCCGGCAAGCUCAAUAAGCAGGCGGCGCGGUCUCACGAUGUCAAGGAAAAGAGACUGCACGUCCCCCAGGUGGACCGGAUGCCCGAAGAGGCUCCUCCGACCGUUGUUGCGUGUGUUGGGCCACCAGGUGUCGGCAAAACCACACUGAUCAAGUCGCUUGUCCGUCGCUACACCAAGCAGACCCUCAGCUCACCCCAAGGACCAUUAACGGUCGUGACCUCGAAGAAGAAGCGCCUCACUUUCCUAGAAUGCCCAUCAGACUCCCUCGCUGCAAUGAUCGACGUCGCCAAAAUCGCAGACAUCGUGCUCCUCAUGAUCGACGGUAAUUAUGGCUUCGAGAUGGAGACCAUGGAGUUCCUGAAUGCUCUGUCUACAAGCGGUAUGCCCGGUAAUGUAUUUGGCAUUUUAACUCAUCUCGAUCUGUUCAAGAAGCAAAGUACUUUGAAGAUGACCAAGAAGCGGCUGAAGCAGCGCUUUUGGUCUGAAUUGUACUCGGGUGCCAAGCUCUUCUACCUGUCUGGGGUGAUCAAUGGUCGUUACCCCGAUCGUGAGGUGCACAAUCUUUCUCGAUUCUUGUCCGUCAUGAAGAACCCUCGUCCGCUCAUCUGGCGCAAUUCCCACCCCUACGCCCUCGCAGACCGAUUCUUGGACGUCACCCCCCCUACGAAGAUCGAAGAGAACCCCAAGUGCGACCGCUCAGUGGCUCUAUAUGGGUAUUUACGAGGAACCAAUUUCCCAGCGCAGGGCGCACGAGUGCAUGUCCCUGGCGUGGGCGAUCUGACGGUCUCCGGCAUCGAAAGUCUCCCCGACCCUUGCCCGACGCCGCACAUGGACCAGCAGAUUGCCAAGGCGACAGGAAAGUCAAAUAGGCGGAAGCUGGGCGAGAAGCAGAAAUUGCUUUUUGCGCCCAUGUCUGACGUGGGUGGUGUUUUGGUCGACAAGGAUGCGGUAUACAUCGACGUCAAGACACAAAAUUUCAAUCGCGACUCGGGAGACGAGGAAGACGAGGAAGAUCGCGGUCUUGGCGAGCAGCUUGUUGUUGGCUUGCAGGGCGAACGCCGAUUGCUUGGUGAGGCUGAUCAAGGUGUCCGUCUGUUCCGAGGUGGUGAAGCAAUCGCGCAAGAUGGCGAAGACGAGGAGUCAGGUCGUAAGCACCGCCGACAUGCCCGCCUUGCUGACUCCGAGCGUGUGACCGAGGCUGCAUCGGAUGACGAAGAAGGCCUCGAAAGUGGUGACGAUGACGAAGAAAUUUCCGAUGCUGGUGAGGAGGACUCUGAUGUCGACGACGAUGUCGAUAUUUCAGCACCAGCAGAUUUUGAGCAAAAGUUCAAGGACCGUCAGAACGGAAACGCUCAUCAAGUGGACGGAGAUAUCGCGUUCGCCGAUAGCGACUCUGAUCUAGGUUCUAUGUCCGAAGCUAAUGACCAGGAGCUGGAUAGCGACGCAGAAGAAGAUGAGGAAGAGGAAGAGGAGGAUGAGGAUGAAGAGGGCAAUUUUAAAUGGAAAGAAAAUAUGCUGGCCAAUGCAAAAGAGCUCCGGGGCAGCCACCCAGCUUUCCGCACUGUGGAUCUGUCUCGCAUGAUUUAUGACGAAUCUAUCAACCCUGUCGAUGUCGUGAAAAUAUGGAGCGGUGCUGGCGACGAUAAGGAAGACGAGGAGUCAGACAUCGAAGCCGAAGAAGACGGUGACGACUUCUUCAAGAAGACUAACACCGAACAAGAAGAGCAAGCCGAUUUCCGUGCUGUUCCAGACUAUGACUACGAGGAGCUGGAGCGCAAAUGGCGGGAUGAAGAACUCAUUGAAUCUCUUCGACAACGUUUUGUCACUGCCAAGCUUGGUGACGGUGGUUCGGACGACGACGAUCUCGAUGACUUUGAUGAUGAUGACGAAGACGACGAGGGUGACGGUGCGUUUGAGGACCUAGAGACCGGCGAAGCCUUCAAUGGCUUUGACGAGGAAGAUGGUGACGGAGAUGAGGAUGACGAUGAUGAAGAUAACGCCGAGCCGGAAGGCCCGGUAGACUUGGAAGCAGAACGUGAACGCAAUGCCAAGAAGAAGGAAGAGCUGAAACUGCGCUUCGAGGAGGAAGACCGAGAGGGCUUCGGAAAUGCCAAGGACGGAACGCGAGAUGGUGGUGAUGGAGAAUUCGGCGAAGAUGACUGGUAUGAUUUCCAAAAAGCGAAGAUGCAAAAGCAACUGGACAUCAACCGCGCCGAAUUCGACACCCUUGAUCCCGCGUCUCGUGCCCGAGCCGAAGGUUACAAGGCAGGUACCUACGCUCGAAUUGUCUUGGAGAAUGUGCCCUGCGAGUUCGUGGAGAAAUUCAACCCGCGCUUCCCUAUCAUCGUAGGAGGACUUUCACCCACUGAAGACCGGUUCGGAUAUGUCCAGAUCCGCAUCAAGCGCCAUCGCUGGCAUAAGAAGAUUUUGAAGAGCAACGAUCCCUUGAUCUUCUCACUCGGCUGGCGUCGUUUCCAGACCAUGCCAAUCUACAGCACCUCCGACAGUCGAACCAGAAACCGUAUGCUCAAGUACACACCAGAGCACAUGCACUGUACCGGCGUGUUCUAUGGUCCUCUUGUCGCCCCCAACACCGGCUUCUGCUGCGUCCAGUCAUUCUCCAACAAGAAUCCUGGUUUCCGCAUCGCCGCUACUGGUGUUGUCUUGAACGUGGACGAGCAUACUGAAAUUGUCAAGAAGUUGAAGCUCACCGGUGUCCCGUACAAGAUCUUCAAAAACACUGCAUUCAUCAAAGACAUGUUCAACUCCUCGCUCGAAAUUGCCAAGUUUGAAGGAGCUUCGAUCCGCACCGUCUCCGGUAUCCGCGGUCAAAUCAAGCGAGCUCUCAGCAAGCCAGACGGCUACUUCCGUGCCACAUUCGAAGAUAAGAUCCUGAUGAGCGACAUCGUUUUCCUCCGAGCAUGGUACCCCAUCAAGCCUCACCGCUAUUACAAUCCCGUCACAAACCUUCUCGACCUUGAGGAGGGCAUGAAACUGACCGGCGAAGUCCGCCGCGAGAAGGGCAUCCCAACCCCUUUGAACAAGGAUUCAGCCUACCACAAGAUUGAGCGACAGGAACGCCACUUCAAUCCCCUCCGUGUGCCGCGUCAGCUCGCCGCUGAGCUGCCUUACAAAUCCCAGAUCACCAAGAUGAAGGCCCAUAAGGACAAGACGUACAUGCAGAAGCGUGCCGUUGUCCUCGGCGGCGAGGAGAAGAAGGCCCGCAACCUGAUGCAGAAGUUGACUACGAUGCGCAACGAGAAACAGGCCAAGCGCUCGGCUAAACAGGAGGAGCGUCGCAAGUUCUACCGUGCCAAGGUGGCUGAAAACCUAGAGAAGAAGGCCGAGCGUGAGAAGCGGGAGCGCGAUGACUAUUGGCGGCGCGAGGGCAAGAAGCGCAAGGGUGAUGAUGGAGAGGGCGGUGGUAAAUUCAAGAAGCGCAAGUGA